AUGGUCGCCCUGCGACGCCUUUUCCAUGCGGAGAAGGCUCCGUCGACCCCGGUUUCAGGUAAUCGAGAGCUCUCUAGUACUACACAGAGUCCACCACGGCGCACUCCGAAUUCAAGAAACUCCCCCGCGUUGAGUGAGAAUGAACACUUCCAGAACAUUGAAAGGCAGUUCGAGGUGAUGCACGAUCAGCUAAGGACACGACCAAUGUCUCCUGCCUCGCAUGCUCCGCCUUCCCGUGCUUCGAGCCGUCGCACGACCAAGAACCCACGCCAUGUUGACCUCCUUGAUGCAUUGUUCUCGUCUCAUCGCUACCAGAUGCAGUCUGCGGCCGUGAUGUCUCCAAUAACUCCCUACAAUGAGGACGUCGCGGAACGCAACAUGGCGCCGUUUCUUCGAGCACGCGGUGGACAGAGCAGGAAUGCCUACAGUCGCAUCAUCUCAGCUCUGUACCAGGAGGAUGUUGCAGACCGGAACAUCGCUCAGAACCGAAGAAGGAGCCGGUCCCUUUCUCGGAGUCCUUCUCCAUCUCGUCUUGACACCAGCCAUUCUUACCAAUUAGAGUAUCAACGGCAUGGCGGUGAUGUAAAAGCCCGUCCACGUGCGAGGACCAAAGACAGCCAGCUUGUGAACUCGAUUUCGCAGGAAGCACUCUAUUCUGUACCAAAAUCCUUUCGGGAUCAGGUGGUCGCUGACUCGACUGAUUCAACACCUUCUACGCCCGGCUUGCUGCGAACGCAGAGAUCGGCCCCAACGGUGUUAUCAGAGCAGUCUUCUACGUCGCGCGGAGGUUCCUCACGUACUGACACCCAUCUGGGUGUCCCUCCUGCUUACAAACAAGGAGAGUCUUGGAGCAAUACUCCCCUACCCGACAGCCCAACGUUACCAACGAUCACAUCCGUCCAGCGUAGACCGAAUGACAGUCGGAGGCAGCAAGAUUCACGAGAAACAUCGACCCCAAGCCCCCGUUUGCCGAGCAUGUCAGAAGUGCCAAAACGACCAAAAUACGAACGGAAGGCCUCUUCAAAAAAGAAUGUCUUGGACCUUUCCAUCAAUACCGAAUUGGCUGCUCGGGGAAGGCCGAAGAAAAUUGUUCACCGUGCCAUCCAACCCCCAACCCCAAGCAGCCACGAAAUGAAACAGAACCCUAGUAUCGCAGAGGUCAUGAAUAGUCCUCUACCGGUCGCAACACCGACACCAAUACCGUCUCCGCUUCCAAGCUCGAAUCAGAAAGUCGCCGAGAUUAUGGAUAUGUUCCGCAAAGCAUAUGCCUCCAGCCAGGCCAUAUCACCGCAUCCGACCUUUGAAACUCUUCAAGACGCGAUUAUCCGCGAAAUAAACUCACACGAGGCUUUCCAGCGAGUCCCUGUUCCUGAGCCAGGUCCCCCGUUUACACCAUCUCCUUUUCAACACUCGUUUGAAAAGGGCCCAAGAGCACGACGAACAUCUGGUUCCAUUUCUCUGAAGGAUGGGCAAUUGUCGAAGCUUAUUCGCAAGGGCUCAUUUAAGAGACACAGACGAGACUCGGAAGCCCGAAAGAGUAUAUCGACGAGUAUUCCCGCCAACAUCUCACUCAAUGCCCCCAACCGACGACGGCAUACAGACGCUCCACUUCCUUCUCCUGGGUUCUUUGAAACGAUGGAGCAACCGCCAAGCCCGCCCAAAGAGCAACUGACAUAUAUGGAUCUCAUCUUGCGCUCCGAGAAGUCCAAUGACACCAAACGGAGCAAAAAUACCUCGAAGAGCAACGGAAGCCGCCCCAGCUCGACGGCCGCACCUUCGGUCCUUCAUAUGCGCGCCCAGACUUCGCCGUCUGCCGACGACAGCCCAAACAGCUUUUCAACGAACGAUAGUGACUCAGAAAUUAUCCAUCUUCCCAGCAUUCCUAGCAUUCCUCGGGUUCAGAUCCAUGGUGUUGACGAAAAUAAUGUGACCUAUGUCGCUGAGAACACAUCACCGCGAAAUGCAUACCGGCUGAUGAACUGGCCCAGAAAGUCAAGCCACGGCCAAAAUUUGCGGAAUUCAUUCACUAGGAAUGAGCAUCAGAGUCCAAGCGGCCGGUCAGUCGAAUCUUAUUGA